AUGAGGUACAUCUGGUGGAUAAGGGGCGAGGUACAGCUGGUGGAUAAGGGCGAGGUACAUCUGGUGGAUAAGGGCGAGGUACAUCUGGUGGAUAAGGGCGAGGUACAUCUGGUGGAUAAGGGCGAGGUACAUCUGGUGGAUAAGGGUGAGGUACAUCUGGUGGAUAAGGGUGAGGUACAUUUGGUGUAUAAGGGCGAGGUAAAUCUGGUGGAUAAGGGCGAGGUAAAUCUGGUGGAUAAGGGCGAGGUACAUCUGGUGGAUAAGGGUGAGGUACAUCUGGUGGAUAAGGGUGAGGUACAUUUGGUGGAUAAGGGCGAGGUAAAUCUGGUGGAUAAGGGCGAGGUAAAUCUGGUGGAUAAGGGCGAGGUAAAUCUGGUGGAUAAGGGCGAGGUAAAUCUGGUGGAUAAGGGCGAGGUACAUCUGGUGGAUAAGGGUGAGGUACGUCUGGUGGAUAAGGGUGAAGUACAUCUGGUGGAUAAGGUUGAAGUACAUCAAAAUUGA